AUGCUUGCGGAUGUGGCCCAGCUUGAAGAAACUGAACGCCUCAUCAGCCGGCCCCUGGGGAACUUUGAUGAUGUUGCCGCAGUAAUGGACGCCAUAAACCAUUUCCACGGGUACGAAGUCACCGCGGACAUGACGAUAUUUCGCUCUGAGGAAGCAGCCGCACUUAUGGGCAAAUAUCAGCCGCCCCUUCCACGUGGAUUACUCGACUCAAUCGAAGCAGCGCGCUACUCCUUUAACAGAGUGACAGAACACGCCAAAAAUGCCAUGAAUGACUUACUCACCGCGCAGAACAGCUUCAGUGAGAAGUUAACUACGAGCGCAGAUGAAAUUUUGGCAGCUAAGACAAACUUCAUCAACGCAUUCCAAACGGUAAGCUUUCGCCUUUCUGUUGUCUUCUUUUUUUCUUGCGACCGAUACCUCCUCUUGUCCCCCUUUUAA